AUGGAGGAAGUAACGAAUCAGUCAAUGAUUUCAUCGCCAUUGAUUGUUAUAUUGACUAGUUUCUAUUCCAUCAAUAUUGUUUCUGUCAUGUUUGCUGGCAAUCUUCAACUAGCUGCCUCGAAUCUCGCUACUUCCUGGGCUGUAAUCACUGGUUUCUCUUUCAUAUUUGGAUUAAAUACUGCAGUCGAAACAUUAUGUAGACAAUCCCGAACAACAACGUACACUUUGCUGCAGACAUCAUGUGUCAUAUCAUUCUUCUUUUCAACCGCGAUAGCUCUUCUCUGGUGGUAUUCAGAUACAAUUCUCAUUCAUUUAUUUCAUCAGGAUCAUGAAAUUGCGAAAGAAGCAGGACUGUUUUUGAAGUUUCUUAUACCUGGAUUGUUUGGAUAUGGUUUUUUGCAAAAUGCCAUGAGAUUUCUUAGGGCACACUCAAUUUUAGACCCUAUACUUUUGUUUUCAAUGGCAUCUUUAGUUAUACAUAUUGCUAUUAUUGCCUAUGCUUUGGUUCAUUGGACAGGUCUUGGUUUUAAAGGAGCAUCAUUAGCAACAUCUAUUUCCAUUUGGAUUCAACUCAUCAUCUUUGGUCUAUUCAUGUUUUUCUCCAAACAUAUCAAAUGGGAUUACGCUUUCUCUUUCGAGCCAUUUCAUUUUCAUCAUAUCCUUACUAACUUGAAAUUGGCUAUGCCCUCUGCUGCCAUGAUCUG